UUUUAGACGAAAGAGCGGCGUGCGGAGUAAACGCUCACAGCCGCGUGGUUGACGUGGAGGAGGAAAGAUGGACCCGCGGAAUGAGGAACCCGCGGUGAUACGCGGUGCCAGCGAUGCGGUGUCGGAGCUGCUCGCUCGCUUUGGCUGGCCGCUGCUGCUGUUCUGCGCUCUUCUCUACUUCACUGUGCGCCGAGCCGCCCCGUGGCUGCGAUGGGGCAGGAGCAGCAGCAGCAGCACCAGCAUCAGCAACCCAGAUCUUCUUAUGAACAUGCACUCCGCUAUGGAACGCUCCCGAAUCCGCAUGCAGCAAGAACUUGACGCUCGUGCCGCCGAACACCAGGCCCGGGUGAAGCAGCUGGAGGAGGAGCGACAAAAGCAGAAGAUGGAGUCGUGGGAAAGAGGACGCAGCCUGCGACCACGCCGUGACCCCCAGUCUCAGCAGGAAGAUAACUCAACACCAUCAACAUCACUGCCAAGAACAGAAAGACAACGACUGAGAGACAACAAUUACUCUCCGCUGUCAGGAGGAGGUGGGCCCACGUGUUUGUGGCGACCCGGGCGACGUGGCCCGGCUUCUGGAGGAGGAUGAGGUUAAACUCUCUCCGCUCGUCCUCCACUUAUCUACUGGAUGAUGCAGUCGAGGUGGAGGAUUUAGUGGAGAAGGAGUGAGACGGAGGAGUGUCUGCUGUACAACCCUAAGGCCUGUAUGCUUUGUCACGGCUCGGCUCUGGCUGGUCUGUUAACAUUGUUCAGCGCAGGCUGGAGCUGCUUUGAUGCUUUCACAAUUGCGGGAGCAGCUCCAUUAUGGGGUGUCUCGGCGCAAUGAAAUCCAGAGCAUGGCUGGGACCAUACUCAAGUCUGAGCUUAGCCGUGACUAAGAAUACAACUGUGAGAGAUGAAGUCAGAAAGUUUUGAAAACGAAAUGUUACGAUGUCACUAACCAAACUCCAUAUUCAACCAAGCAUAGGACCUCGCCAUAACAUUAUGGAAUUUCUACUGCUGGCUUUGAGUGGCUAAUGGAGAUGAGUACUUGAGCAAGGAGUCCAAUGACUGACUUACACCUUAAAACAUAUAUUGCAAUAUUAGACAAUCAUCAUUUCACAUCUUAACCUUCCUGUGACAAGUUUAUUCUCGUUUUCAAAUGAUUAUGUUGGCCCCAUUGUGUGCACACAUGGUAUGUGUGUUUUAUGUAUUGACUGGAUGUUUCAGGAGUGGGACAUAAUGUCCGAUGUAUGUGUGCAUGUGUUUGAAAGACAAUCAUGAAGGGCAGGUUGUUGUAGCAGGUAAAGCAAGUCCUUAAAUUGCGGGUCAUCUGAUUUACACGUUUCCUGCCUAAAAGUUUCAUGCUGCAGACCAUAUAAUCCUGUUAGAUGCCAAUUAAUAAAAGGCUGCACAUUCUGAAUACAUAGACGUGUAGUAUUUUCGAAGUGCUGGGGACUGGAUGAUACAUUGCAAGAGCUGUUUUAGUUGUGGAACCUGGUUUGCCUGAAGUAGACAUUCUGCUGCUGUCACCACAUGCAUCUACCACAUGCAUCUAUAUACACCGUUAGUAGUGAUAGGGCUUUGUCCACUGUGAUGAAGCUUUACCUUCUGACACUUACAAAGUUUCCUUGGGAGUUUGAGUCAUUAAUAAUAAAACAUGGUAUUUUGAUUUAGCAUCGUUAAAAAAAACCUCCAGCUCUAGCCUUUUCUUAAGGAACGAAAAAUAUUGUUCUCGUGCAUUUCGAUGUUUCUAGUUGUAAACAUAGACUUGAAUAUAUGUAUUAACUUACAACUUUCGAGCAUGCUGGACUUCUUUAGAAUUACCUUUACUCAUGACCAACUAUAAAAUAAUGUUUUUGUGUGUCGACGUGCAUGUAUAUGGAGCAGUAAUGUAGUGGUUGGCACGCUGUGCUACAAACCCAGCAACCUGAGUUCGAGUCCCGCUAACAAACAAACAUCGGAGACAUCUGAACAAGUCCUGGGCCUCUCCUACAUGGACUCGGCCUUAAAUGAGCACUCGGUGGUGCAGUAUGUAAACAUUAGCACCGGAGAAAAAAAGACGGCCGAGUAUGGUGUUAUCCACGGCACCCCCUCAUGUGCCCUUUUGUCCUUCUUAGGUACUUGCUAUAACAGUACUUGCCCCAACAGUCUGUUAAGGCUAUACAGCAGAUAUUUGUCUUUAUACAUGUGUGUACAUGAAGAUGUGUAAAUGUAAGUGUACAGAUUGGGGCCUUGGUAGUUGAGUACACAGACUCCCUCUCUCCGUGCAGCACGGUGGAGGUAGUGAACUCGUUUUUUGUGUGAACAUGGCAGUGGCUGUAGGAGUCGAAUCAUGUUCACCUUGGUGACGAGACCCAUGACACUUGGCCUGGAAAAGCCCCGCUGUGGCCACAGGCUGAGCCGAAUAAUUCACUAUUGUUCCGUGGAGAGAGGCACUCUCGAGGAGUGUCGUAGUGAUCUUCAUGUCACUGACAUGCUCGGUUUAAUUUCGUGAUUUUAGAUCUUUUUGAAUCUUAUGAUCUUGGGUGGUUGAAUUCAUAGGUUACUCAUGUUUCUGCUAAAACAUAAUAAUGACCUUUGCCCUUACCCUAAUCCUGAACCCUAGACGUAAUAUUUAACCCCUAACCCUAUCCUUAUCCUAGGCUUAUCCCUAACCUCAGCUGUAAUCUCACUUGAUGGCAGUCACAUUGUGUUCACAAUUCUGCUUUCCAUUUACCUUUGUAACUGCAAUAGAGAGCAAGCACUUUGUUCAUUAAAAUAUAUCUGUUCAACAA